AUGGAUCGUAAUCAUGAUUUUGGGCAGAUAAAUCUAGAUUAUAUCACAAUUACUCUAUCAUUCAACUUAUCUAUCUAUCUAUCUAUCUAUCUAUCUAUCUAUCUAUCUAUCUAUCUAUCUAUCUAUACUUUUAGAGUGGGCACGUCUCUCUCUCUCUCUCUCUCUCUCUCUCUCUCUCUCUCUCUCUCUUUCUCGCUUUCUAUGUUUUACUUGUUUCAUUAUGGUGUCCCCUAUUUUCGACGAGCUCCCCCUCUCACCUUCGCUGACCACACGAAGCAGCCAAACCUAUCAGCAGGCCGACCAGCUUCAGCAGCAGGCCGACCCAGCAGCAGCAUUAAUUUUUGCUAUUUUUCAGCAGCAGCAGCAGGUCGACCCAAAUUUAAGCAGCAGCAGGCCGACCAGCUUCAGUCCAAAGAACCGUCUGCGUCGAUCCAUUUAAACGCCGACGCGCCUUGGACAAAGUGCAGACAUCCGGGGAUCGACUGGAAUGCGAACAUCGCUGUUCCAUUAAAAGCAAACCUCCGAGCUGUCGCUUUGAAACAUGACAACGCCCCUUCAAUUGACAUCCUUUCUAACUACACGACCGAACUCCAGCAAACAAUUAUCUCCGUCUCUCCUAUCUUCUCCAACACAUCUAUCUAUCUAUCUCACAAGCUUCAUAUAUAUCUAUCUAUCUUCAUUCCUACUUACGAAUUCUUCUUUUUCUUCUUCUUCUUCUUCUUCUUCUUCUUCUUCUUCUUCUUCUUCUUCUUCUUCUUCUUCUUCUUCUUCUUCUUCUUCUUCAAUAGUAUUGCGAUCGUUAAUCUAACUGGUACUUUAAGAAAUUCUCUGCAGUUUUGCAAAGGUCCUUUAUCUGGAACUUCGGUCGGAAAUGUCCCUCUCUCUCUCUUUCUAGAAGUGCUAUCAGUGUCAUUGUCCAAACUUAGUUAUGAUGGCAGAGAUGAAAAGGUCAGAAUUUGUAAAAGAGAGAAAAGAAAGCAGAAGAAUAUCUCGGACAGUGAAGACAUGGAAUUGGACACAGGUCAAGGAAAUGCCGCAAGCGGAAGGGAAAGGAAUGUGUUACCGGAAGGAAAAGCUUGCAAAGAGAAAACGAAGAAACCCACAAAGGCUGAUAUACGCUGGGCAAUAACACACAUCUUUGACAUUCUGUUUAAUUCAUUUAACAUGAUCGAUGCUUUUAGGUAA